AUGUUGCUAUUGCACAGUGAAUAUUUAAAUCACACCUAUUGCAAUCGGUGGAUAGGUCGCGGAGGAACGCAGUCAUGGCCGCCUAGAUCUUCAGACCUUAAUAGACUAUACCACUUUUUCUGGGGACAUCUGAAAAGCUUAGUGUACGCAGUGCCAAUUCAAACCAAAGAAGAGUUACGAAAUCGUAUAAUAGUAUGCUGCCAAGCCAUAAGAAACACCCCAGGAAUCUUCGAAAAUGUGAGUCAGUCUAUACAGAGGAGAGUAGAUGCUUGCAUUCGUGGGGGUGGAGGACACUUUCAACAAAUAAAUAAUUUAAGUACUUUAUUUUAUUUGGAUUCUCUUGUCAUUUCGCUUUAG